GACUUCCGCCGGGCGUCGAGAAUAAAAACGCACCGACACGAGUGGGCAAGGCGCGCGUAAUUUCUGCUCAGGUGGGCGGGGAAUAAACGGACAGCUCGCGAGUUAUUAUUAAUUAUUAUUAUCAUCAUCAUUGUUGUUGUUGUCAAGCUGAGCGCACGCGCUGCCCACGAUCGCAACGGGCGUGAACGGCAUCACCUUUAGCAGCGACCGGAGGGGGGCUAUAAUAAGCCAGCGGAGAGCGAAGAGACGAGAGGCGGGGCGGCUGUUACACCGACAACUGACGCGAAGAAAUAAACAAUUGUGACCACUGAGGCAGACAGUCCUGCGCGCAAACGAAAGAAAUCAUCUACCGAGAUGGCUGAAGUGUCACAACAAGAUAGACUCCAGGCCAUUGCUGACAAAAGGAAGCGGCAGACAGAGAUCGAGAACAAGAGGAGGCAGUUGGAUGAUGAUAGACGGCAGCUCCAACAUCUCAAGUCAAAGGCACUGAGAGAGCGCUGGUUGUUGGAUGGCGCUCCAGAGGAGGAGGAGACCCAGAAGCGUUUGCACGAGGACGAGGUGAAGACCAAGCUCCUGGAGCAGGUCAUCCUCAGGCUUGAGCAGGAGAUUGAGGAACUGGAGACAGGCGUGCCAGCUGAUCAGGGUGUGGCCAAAGAAAAUGGAGGUGAGAAUGGAGUAGUGCAGGCCUCUGGCCAGACUCCCAGGAGAGAGGUGACGGGGAUCGAGGCCAAGCUACUGGGCCCCAGCCCUGACCAGGCCAGCGCCGACAACCCCGUCACCCUGGUCUUCAUGGGCUACAAGACCGUGGAGGAGGAGAAGGAGAACCACACAGCCCUGGGCGUGGAGGGGGUGGACGGCAACGUCAAGGCUGAGUUUGUGGUCAUCGAGGACGGGGAGGGGAAAGCGGCAGCGGAGGGGGCGACGGAAGAGCAAGCGCCACCCAACGGGAGCAUGGCAGAAAAGGAGAAGGCCAACGGAGAAGGGGAGGAAAAAGAGAAGGAGGAGAAGGAGAAGAAACAGACCUGCAAAUGUUGCACGGUCAUGUGAGCUGGGAGCCCUGCAUGUGUGUGCGUGCAUGUGUGUGUGUGUGUGUGUGUGUGUGUGUGUGUGUGUGCACGCACAAGUGCGUGUGUGCAUGGACGCACACAGUUUGUGCCUAAUUGUGUGUGUGCAUGCAUCAGUGUGUGUGCGAGUGCAUACCUGCCUCUGGUGUGAGUAUGUGUACAGCUGUGUGUUUCUGUACCUGCAAAUAUGUGUGUGCAUGACUGUGUUUUCUGUGUGUGCGUGUGUGCGUGCGUGU